CGCAUCCGGCUGUUCGCAAUGUCGGUCCCACCGAUAGCCGGAACCCAGCAGUUUCCGCCGAUGGUGUCUCACUUUAACAUUCCACCGCCGGGCUUUGGGGCCGGCCCUGGAACGGUGAGUGCGACAACGGGACCCGGUGCUCCACCGAAUGCUGCAGCAGUUGCCGCGGUGGCGGCGGCCGCCGCUUUGGCCGCGGCCAACGGAGGUGUUAUGGAUCCUGCAGCAGCAGCAGCAGCAGCCGCAGCCGCUCAGGGGCCGCCGAUGGCACAGACAACGGGCAUCGUGAACGAGUGGUCAGAACAUAAAACACCGGACGGUCGCACGUACUAUUACAACAGCCUCACCAAGCAGAGUCUUUGGGAGAAACCGGAAGAGAUGAAAACGCCGGCCGAGAAGCAACUCAGCCAGUGUGCCUGGAAAGAGUACCGUUCGGACACGGGCAAGCUGUACUAUCACAACACCACCACGAAGGAAUCGCAAUGGGUCGCUCCGGCUGAGUUUCUCGAGCUGAAGGAAAAGGUUGCCGCCGAACAGGCAGCUGCGGAAGCCGCUAAAGCAGCUGCCCUCAAAACAUCCGCCAUGGCCAGUAGCUUAUUGAUGCAGUCCGUCGUGCUGCCGGUAGUUUCGCCGGCACUCGCUGGUGCUGCUGCUGUUGCUGCUGCGACUGCGGGACCGGCUUCUACUGGAAACACUACCGCUGCCCCCGAGGUGCCGCUAGGGCUUUCUGCGCUCUCCUGUGUGACGCCAGGAUCGGCCGAAAAUUCUUCUUCCGCGCUCGAUCAAGCUAUGGCAGCGACGCUGGCCGCGAUUGAGGUGCCGGACGAUCCGAUCGACAAGCGCGACGAUGAGCUACAACCGGCAACGGAUGAAGAUCCGGUGGUGGAGUUUAAGGACAAAAAGGAAGCGAUCGAGGCGUUCAAGGAGUUUCUCAAGGAGCGCAACAUCCCGUCGAGUGCGUCCUGGGAGCAGUGCGUCAAGAUCAUCCAGAAAGAUCCGAAGUUCAACGUGUUCAAGAAACUGAGCGAAAAAAAGCAAGCAUUUAACGCGUACAAAACGCAAAAGCUCAAGGACGAGCGCGAGGAGCAACGCUUGAAGGCGAAACGGCAGAAGGAGGAACUGGAAAAGUUCCUGAUGUCGUCGGACAAGAUGAACUCGCUGCUCAAGUACUAUCGCUGCGACGAGCUGUUUACCAACCUGGACGUGUGGAAAUCGGUAUCGGAGCAGGAUCGGCGCGACAUCUACGAGGACUGCAUCUUCAAUCUGGCCAAGCGCGAAAAGGAGGAAGCGCGCGUGAUGAAGAAGCGCAACAUGCGCGUCCUAGGCGAGCUGCUGGAAGCGAUGGCCUCGGUCACGUACCAGACGACGUGGUCCGAGGCGCAGGUCAUGCUGUUGGACAACUCGUCGUUCAAGAACGAUGUCAAUUUGCUCGGCAUGGACAAGGAAGACGCCCUGAUUGUGUUCGAGGAGCACAUCCGGGGACUGGAGCGUGAGGAAGACGAAGAAAAGGAGCGCCUGAAGAAGCGCAUGAAGCGACAGCAGCGUAAAAACCGCGACCAGUUUCUCGCACUGCUGGACACGCUCCACGAGGAGGGCAAGCUAACGUCGAUGUCGCUCUGGGUCGAGCUUUACCCGGUGAUAUCCGUGGAUCUGCGCUUCUCGGCCAUGCUCGGUCAGCCCGGCUCGACGCCACUGGACCUGUUCAAGUUUUACGUCGAAAACCUCAAGGCACGGUUCCACGACGAAAAGAAGGUCAUCAAAGAGAUACUGAAGGAGAAAGAGUUCGUGGUUCAGCCGAGCACAACGUUCGAGGACUUUGCGACGGUCGUGUGCGAGGACAAGCGAUCGGCAACGCUCGAUGCGGGCAACGUGAAGCUUACGUACAACUCCCUGCUGGAGAAGGCUGAAGCGGCCGAAAAGGAGCGGCUGAAGGAGGAGACGCGCCGCAUCCGGAAGAUGGAGAACGAGCUGAAGGGCGUGUGGAUCGAGGCCGGUCUGAGUGGAGUCGACAGCUGGGAGACGGCUCAGAAGUUUGUGCUCGAUCGCGAAGUGUACGAUCAGUACGAGAAAGAGGACAAGGUCGAGCGGUUGUGGGAGGAAUUUGUGAAGGAAACCGAAGACUCCUGCAGCCACCACCACUCGCGGACGAAGAAGUCGAAGAAAAAUCGAAAGCACAAGAAAAAAUCACGCUCCUCAUCGAAAUCGCUUUCGGAGGGCUCGGAAGUAGAGUACGAAAAGCCGUCCUUAAAGAAGAGACGCAAAUCCCGCUCACGCACUCCGGUGACGGCCGGAAGUGAACUGUCGGAAAGCGAUCAUGACCACCACGAGCACAACAACAGCAGCGAACGGCCCGAUCGCAAGCGGAAGAAGAAGAAAAAGCACCACCGGAAGGCAUCUCGUUCACCAUCCUACGACGAAAUAAUGGUGAUGGAAAAGAACGGUGGCUCUCGAUCGCGAUCACCUUCCCCUGAGAUCGAGAAGAAGAAGAAAAAGAAAGACAAAAAGAAGAAAGAAAAGCGAAGAUCGUCACGAUCGCUCAGCCGUGGCAGCAGUGGCGGUCGCAUCCGCAGCCCACUGGAGGAGGGUGGCCGGCGCAGCCCAGGCGGCAGUAGGUCUCCGAAAACGGCAGACGAGGGCGGGCUCAGCGAAUCGGAACUCGAGUCACAGCGGGCCGCCCUCCUGGCUCAGCUGAACGAGCAAAUGAUGGAUGAAUAAUAAUUUCUCUUUCCCGAUCGCAACCGGCACGGUGUCAAGUGUUCUCAAUAGUAAAAUUAGAAGGCCGACCCUAGGCCCUCU